GCCACAAAUGAGUACAACACUACAGAAGAUUGGGGUCUUAUCAUGGACAUAUGUGACAAAGUUGGAAGCACUCCUAAUGGAGCAAAAGAUUGCCUAAAAGCCAUAAUGAAAAGGGUAAAUCAUAAAGUUCCUCAUGUUGCUCUUCAGGCAUUGACUCUUCUUGGAGCUUGUGUGGCAAACUGUGGAAAGACCUUUCAUUUAGAAAUAUGUUCCCGAGAUUUUGCAACAGAAGUACGUGCUGUGAUAAAAAAUAAGGCUCAUCUUAAAGUAUGUGAAAAACUGAAAUCUUUAAUGGUGGAGUGGUCAGAAGAAUUUCAGAAGGAUCCUCAGUUUAGUCUGAUAUCUGCAACUAUUAAAUCUAUGAAAGAAGAAGGAAUUACUUUUCCUACAGCAGGUUCUCAGACUGUCUCAGCUGCUGCCAAGAAUGGCACAUCAACGAGCAAAAACAGAGAAGAUGAAGACAUAGCUAAAGCUAUUGAAUUAUCAUUGCAAGAGCAGAAGCAGCAGCACACAGAAACAAAAUCCUUAUAUCCAUCUGCAGAAAUUCAGUUAAAUAGUAAGGUUGCAAGGAAAGUGAGAGCUUUAUACGAUUUUGAAGCCGUUGAGGAUAAUGAACUCACCUUUAAAUGUGGUGAAAUUAUUAUUGUUUUGGAUGACAGUGAUGCGAAUUGGUGGAAAGGAGAAAAUCAUAGAGGAAUAGGACUCUUCCCAUCUAACUUUGUAACAGCUAAUUUAAACAUAGAGUCUGAGGCAGCAGCUGUGGACAAAUUGAAUGUAAUUGAUGAUGAUGUGGAGGAAAUUAAGAAAUCAGAGCCCCAGCCUGUUUAUAUAGAUGAGGAUAAGAUGGAUAAAGCUCUGCAGGUACUGCAGAGUAUAGAUCCAACAGAUUCAAAACCAGACUCCCAAGACCUCUUGGACUUAGAAGAUAUCUGUCAACAGAUGGGUCCAAUGAUAGAUGAAAAACUUGAAGAGAUUGAUAGGAAGCAUUCAGAAUUGUCUGAGUUGAAUGUAAAAGUCUUGGAAGCUCUGGAAUUAUAUAACAAAUUGGUGAAUGAAGCACCAGUGUAUUCAGUCUAUUCAAAGCUCCAUCCUCCAGCACAUUAUCCAUCUGCAUCAGCUGGGGUUCCAGUGCAGACAUACCCAGUUCAAUCACAUGGCGGAAACUAUAUGAGUCAAAGCAUUCACCAUGUCACUGUUGCCCAAAGCUACAGCCUAGGACCAGAUCAGAUUGGUCCACUGAGAUCUCUUCCUCCAAAUGUGAAUUCUUCAGUGACAACACAGCCUGCUCAAACUCCUUAUUUAAGCACUGGACAAGACACUGUUUCCAACCCCACUUACAUGAACCAGAACUCUAACCUUCAAUCAGCUACUGGUACAACUGCUUACACACAGCAAAUGGGGAUGUCUAUGGAUAUGUCAUCUUACCAGAACACUACUACUAAUUUGCCGCAAGUAGCGGGCUUUCCGUUGGCAAUUCCAGCUCAUUCCAUUACACAGCAGCAAACAAAUUACCAUCAGCAGCCUCUCCUGUAGAAACAAACCAAGCAUUUUCUUGAAAGGAUUCAUAAGUGUAUU